CAUCAGGGGAGGCCGCGGCGCGGAAAAUGGCGGACGGGAAGGCGGGAGAGGAGAGGCCUGAGAAGCCGCAGGGAGCUGGAACCGUCGGAGUUAAUUCAUGGGAGCCUCUUCUACUGCCACACAAUCUCAGUUCCUGCUGUAUACUCUAACAAACAGUGGAAGAGACUGUUGGGUCAGUAGGUGACAACUACAGAGGUAUCUUCCUUAUAACGAUGCUUUUUGAGGUUGCUGCUCCCAUCAAUCUGCUCAGUAAAAAUAGCUCAUCUUGUAAUGGAGGGGAAAGUUCCAGUCGCAGCGCUGAGAAACGAUCAGCUGAAGAAGAAGCUGGCGACCUCCCAACAAAGCCUACAAAGAUCUCCAAGUUUGGAUUUGCCAUAGGUAGUCAGAUGACAAAGAAAGCAUCAGCCAUAUCCAUCAAACUUGGAUCAAGUAAGCCUAAAGAAACUGUUGCAACUCUUGCUCCAAAAACCCUUUCAGUAGCAGCAGCUUUUAAUGAAGAUGAAGAUAGUGAGCCAGAGGAAAUGCCUCCAGAAGCAAAGAUGAGGAUGAAGAAUAUUGGAAGGGAUACACCAACAUCAGCAGGACCAAAUUCCUUCAACAAAGGAAAGCAUGGGUUUUCUGAUAACCAGAAGCUAUGGGAGCGAAAUAUAAAAUCUCACCUUGGAAAUGUCCAUGACCAAGACAAUUAAAUGAUGUGUUUUGAGAUUGGGGUGUGGGGGUGGGUGUAAAGUUAAAAGGAACAGUUUCCUUUUUUAAAGAAUGGUAUAAGACUAUCUUUGGAGCCGCCUUUUUUUCUUUCUUUUUUUUUUUUUAAGAUUGAGUGGUACACUAAUAAAUGAGAGUUUGAAAUUAGAGGUAAUUUAUGUUUUAUAUACAGAUUUCAAGACAUUUGCUAAUUUUGUAGUUUCAUGUGAUUAGUUUCCAAAGGUUACAGAUAAUAAAGAAAUCAGAAAUGGUACCUUUUUAGAAUUGCAUAUUUUUUUAGACACAAUUAUUAGCACAUUAAGAGGGAAACAAAAAGUAAUUGCCUAUUUAACCUGGUUCUUCAAAAUGCAAGCAGUUGCUCUCUUAACUCCCUCAUUACCUGAACUGUCUGGCUCCCAGGAACAGCCUUAUAGAAGGGGGGAGUAUUGUAUUGGGAGGAGAAUGUUACUGGACUAUUGACUGAAAGUAAACUUAAAUCAAUUUAAAACACAGCUUUUUUUCCUAUGGGCAUUUGUUUCGUUUCAAGUCAUCAUAAACUAGUUAUUGCAUCGCUAGCAGUGGAUACAGGCUUAGCUCUUUAAAAAUAAACACUUUUUGAAAUUCUGUGUAAACUGUUGAGUAUUUGAAAUAGCUCACUUACUUAAUGGGUCUUGUCUACCUUCAUUAGUCUUCAAAGAAUGACCAUUUGCUACCAAAGUAAAUCAGUAUUUUGAAUGUGCUUCUGUUGGUUUUUGUUUUUAGCUAGUUCUUGUCAGCAUUUCCACCAGAACUUGAGGUAAAUCAUAAGGAAGCUGUUUCUUUUAAAAUACAAACCACCACCAAAAAAAAUAUAUAAAUGUACAUAUUGCUUAAAUAUUUGGCUAUUUUUAUUUUUUAAAAGAUAUGAACACCAAAAAAAAUUAACAUUGUGUGAAGAUGGAAAAUGAGAAGAUGCACUUUCUGUACUUUGUCAAAGCAUUUAAGUUACUAACUUGUGAAAUCCAAUUUGAAUUUAACUUUCUUAUUAAUAGAAUAAUAUGGCUUAUUUUAAGUGUCUAUGUAUUGAAGAAUUGCCUCUCAAAAGCACAUUUUAGGGAAAUGGAAGGAAAAUGCAUCUUCAAAUGUAGUUCAUGGAAUCUGAUCACAUAUACUUUGUCUCUGUGUUGUAGGGUUUGGUUUUAUUUUUGGUAUUUUUGUAUUGUGUAUGAACUUUUUUUAAUGUGACAGUAAAAUGCAUCUUUAAAAGCAUAGUCACAAAUAAAAGAAACAUUUAAGUAUAAUGGUUUCCUUAAAAAUUCCUACAAUGUUAAAUUUGGAGGCAGCUUCAGACUAUUUUAUUGGUGGUGACUGCUCACUGAUCUCUUCUAAUAGGUAAUUAAUAACUCCAGAGACGCAGCCUGACUUGUAUAUUUCUAACACUUUGUUCACUUGCAUUUAAGUUCAGAAUAGGCCCCAAGUAAAACAAUGGAAAUAUAGAUGGAACUAUUAGUUCUUACAUGAUUUAAUUUUAUCAAGAUAAUGUGGAUUUAACUUACUUAAAUAUAGACAGACUUUACAUUUUCAUCCAUUUUAUUGUUUGUUAAAAUAACAACUAUCCCUCUCCUAUAUAUUCUUUUCUUGACCCAAAUGAAAUAUUUACCUAAGGUCAAGAUGGGAGAGAGAAAUGACUGAGAUGAAUGUCUUUACUAAAAUACCAAUAAAUUUGUCAAGCUCAA